CCUUGGGCACCUACUUAAGUAGUCAAGAACAGUUACUCAUUCGUGAGGCCCUGUAUUCAUCCAUAUCGCACCAACCUUUCUGUUUCACGACCUUGCUAGAUAUUUUUAUUCGCAUAUCUACUCUAAAUAACCACAUUAUUUUCAUCAUGGGAUACCGGUUGAUAGCUUCCGGCGACCGUCCGUCCUUCACAGUCAUCGAAUUUGAUCCCGCCCAGUCGGCUUUGAAACUCGAACACAACUAUCCUGCUCCGCACAACUGCUCAUGGCUAGAGAAAUCACCCUUCCGCCAAGAGAACGAUGGCACUGUCGACAAACUUUUUGCAUUGUCGGAGGGCGAUGAAAAGGGAGAGCUGUUCACCUUCGAGCUCCACGGUGAGGACGUAAAGAUUACCAGUCGCGAACCGACUUUGGGUGCUCCGGCGCAAUUCCAGCUUCUUUCGGACAGGUCGGCAGUUGUUUUAGCUACAUACUUGGGAGGUUCCCUUGCCCUCUAUCCUCUUUCAGCCAACGGUACAUUCGCCAGCAACGUCAAACGCACUGAGAUCACCUUCGAUUUUACCUACUCAUCACAUCCAGGUGCUCACGGUCCUGUUCCAUACCGUCAAAAACAGUGUCAUGCCCACCAAGUUCUCGAACACCAGAAGACUGGGUGGUUCUUCUCAUGCGAUCUGGGCUCCGACCGCGUUUGGAUAGCUCGCCGAAGUCAAGGGAACGCGCAGCUCGAGGUGGUUGGGUCGCUCCACCUGCCCCCAGGCUCUGGACCAAGGCACGCUGUGUUUUCGAAAGAUGAGAAUCUCGCCUACGUUAUCUGCGAACUCUCUCACCAGGUGCACGCUUUUCCCCUUCCUUCGUCCACAACUGAAAACGUAGAAGACAUUCAGCCGCUCUCUGCAUUCUCUGCCAACGUCAUCCCUCCUAAUGUCCCGCUCGAGCAUCAGACUCUCAUGGACUCUUCCGAGAUUUGGCUUCACCCUACAAUUCCCAACGUCAUCUACGCUAGUAACAGGUGGCAACUGCACAUUGCUGAACGCCAGCCUGAAUCGCAGGAUGUCGCCCCACCGCCCAAGGGUGAUUCAUUGGCCAUCAUUCUGCUGAAUGAAACGGGCGACAAAGUGGAAAGCGUGAAACACGUCGAGACUGGACUGGACGCAAUCAGGGGCUUCAGAGUCAGUCCUGAUGGUAAAUAUGUGGCCGUGGCUGGUCAAGAAGGAGGUGGGGUUGAAGUGUAUGGCAUCACCGGAUCGAGAGGAGACGAAUGGGAUCUCAUCGCUCGAUUGGGGGAGAAGGAAGGCGUAGGAAGGGGUAUCAAAGACGUCCUUUGGCUGUAGCAAAGGGGUGAGACGAUUCUCCCGUUCUGAAUGAAAAUGCAUAAGGAAAGUCUCUGAAAAGGAAUUGAUUGGUAACGUUUACUCUCUAACAAGCGUGUUUCACACCCGGAAGUAU